AAAUAGAAAAUUACGCCUAAGGAAGUAGAAAACUUCAAAACUGGAUGAAAUACCUUUUUAAUUUGAAAUGCAUCCUACGUACAUACGUUACUCUAGAACUAGUAUGGAUUUGAAAUUCAAAUAGUGGCCUGGAACCAUGCUUAGCUCAAUAUAGGACGUGACGAGGCUGAUAUGGUCCCCUACAGGCCAGGCGGCCACCACACACGAAACUUACUUUUAGGUAAAAAGGGAAAUUAGACUGAGCCAAUACGCAUUCACUUCCCAAACAUCAGGCCAUUUUCCUGCAUUAAAGAGAAUUCAUCGUCCUUAAAAUUGCAUUUAAGAAGUCAGCUCUAAAAGCUAAAAUUAAAUCGUACUAUUUUCUUUUUUUAUUCUUCAACAUAAACAAAACAAAUUCUUGUUAGAAUAAAUUCUUCUUGUCAGAGGCUUUUCUGUAAUUUAUAAAUACGAGUUUAUUUAAAAAAAACAAUUCAAAACCAAGAAGAGAGGAAGGGAGAUUCGGCAAACUGGAUUUAACAGAGGGGGAGAUGCGAGAUAAGAAACCGUUUGACAAAAAUAAAUUUAGCAUGAACAGUUAAAAUAUAAAUUUUAAGAAGAUAACCUUGAAAUAUUUAGAAAAUUCGAAGUAGCAGCUUAACUGGUGUAGGAGCAACAAUUCUUAAACAACGGGGUUCAACCCCACCGGGUAACAUUCAUUUGUUUUCAUUGUUAUACGGUACCGAUAGUAUCUUGGUGCAUCGAUAUAAACUGUAAAACAUGCAAAUAGUUACAUUUUUUCAAUCCAUACAACUCCCAAGGAAUGCAGCAGCAAAUGCACAAGGAAAGUUUAGGAGAUCAUGUGAAAGUUUGAACGAAACAUAGCUAUAACAUGUCAACAUUUUGGUUGUACAAGUAUUAAUAAUAUCUCAAUCUACAGAAACAGUAAUAGAUAUAGCAACGAAUUGUAUUGUCUUUAUACAUCUAAUUUGUUGUAGUGAUGUUUGAAUGUUUUCGAUUUUUAUUUUAUUAGUUAAAGCAAGGUGCAUAACAGCCUAGAGACCCAAAGACAUGGCGAAUAGAAGGAAUGUUAGGCACUUUUUGUGAAAAUAAAUAUUGCUAGCGACUUUUGGUUUAUUGGUAAAUGUUUCUCCUUUUUGUUUUAAAAGUCAAUUUUUUUUUUUUAAAUAGCAACAUCUUACUUGCUCAACAUACUUUGACUUUUAGUGAUCGUCGUGCACCACCUUUCUGCAUAAUUUUCAUUUUCAAUCAUUUAAUUCGAAUUUCAUUACCUUUUUGAAUAAAACGAUCACACUCAAACUAGAUUCAAUAACCGAUGCAUGAACUCUGGGGAGAAAGUCUCAAUUGGAAAUGUCAAAUAAAUUGUAUAUUGAUACUUUAACGCAUGAAUGGUUAUUGUGUUCACUUAAUUUUUUUAUCAUACACAAAAUUCAUAAAAUGUGUUGUAAUGAACUUUAUAAAUAGAAUACUGAAAUAAUUAAAAAUACAAAAUAACAAAACUCAAAUUGAAAACUAAAGAGACCUUUAUCUUGUCACAUACUACAAAAACUUUUAAAAUGACUGAUUGUAAGGAUUUCGAAAAGCUAAAGAGAACUGACUUCUACAAGAUGACAAACAUUACAAAACACAAUUUAUGUCAAAAUUUUCAAAACUAAAAACAUUUUUAUAUAAGUAUUAAAAACGAGAAGUCCUCAAGUGUAUAUACGCAAAAUAAAAACAAAAAGAAAAGAGCAAGAAGGAAAUUCCAACGGUAUGUUUUUGGUGUCAGCUAUUCCAAUAGUUUAAGUUAAAGACGACAAAGAAAAGACAAAAGAAAUUUCAGAAUGUAGUAAACGUAAAAAGUUGUAAUCAUUAAAUUAUCAUUAAUAUUACGAAAUAUACAAACCAAAACAAGAAAUAAAAAAUAACAGAGAAUUUAUUAUAUCUCCUUCCCUCAAAAGUCUUUAUAUUAUGACACUCCUCCUUUAAUACAUCUUGUUCAAUAGUCAUUUUCUUUAUCUCUCUCUACAUCGAUAUUCUCUAACAUGGAGAAAAGAAUGAGGCUCAGGGUUCCAAGAAUAGUCCGGUCAUCUCUAAGCUCUUGCCGACCACGAGACCUACACGACGUGGUCGACACUUCUGCUGUUGCUAGCCAAACAACGUCUUCCGACAGAUUCUUCCUUACCGAACCUAAAGCCAAGACUCCACGCCUGGACCGUCACAAACCUAAGCCUAACACGUUCUCUGCGUUCCCACCAAACCCUUUCUACGAAGGAAGCCGUUCGUUUAGAGACUCAAAGAAGAACAUCAAGACAAGGAGGAAGCAAAGAUCAUCUCAGUUCGGUUCUGAUUCUCUCCUCGCCUCUCGUUUUAAGUCAAGUGGGUCGUGGUGCUGGUCUUGCAGCGAGGACGAAGAAGAAGAGAGUGAUGAUAGAGAUACACUCUUUUCUUCUAGAAGCUUCUCCUCGGAGUCUUCCAAGGGGGAGAGUUUUGCGGUGGUGAAGAAGUCGGAGGAUCCGUAUGAGGAUUUUAGGACGUCGAUGGUGGAGAUGAUUGUUGAGAGACAGAUAUUUGCAGCGGCUGAGUUACAAAAGCUUCUUCAGUGUUUUCUUUCUUUAAACUCUCUUCAACACCACAGCGUCAUAGUUCAAGUGUUUUUGGAAAUUUAUGCCACUUUGUUCUCUCCCUAAUCUGCGUCUCUCUCAUUUUAGAGUACUGUGUUCAACCUUAAUCUCGCUUUAGUGUUAAUUUCAGUUAAUCUUUUGUCUUAUCCUUUCUCUGUAUUAUUAUUGUUAUCUUCAACCAAAUUUGGUUAAAGCAGAA